AUGGAUGCUUUACAUAGCGAAGCUCACGGCAAUGAAAGGAAGAAGGCCACUCUUCUGGAUACCGAGCCUCUAGUCCUGGUUGAUAACGAUAUUGGGAAGCAUUUAAUGGAGUUCAGCAAGAGAGACCUCAAGUACGACACAGAUUCUCUUGAUGCCUUUAUUGGGAUACUCAACGUUUAUCACAGAAAUUAUGGAUGUGUUCACCUGCUAGGAAACCCACUUAAUGAAAGGAACGGGAACAUGAUCAACGCUUGGUACCACCUCAAGCCUGGUACCCGAAAGUUUGAUUUUCCUAGUUGGUCGUGGACUGGCUGGAAGGGAGCAAUCAAGAUGACAAGCUAUAAGAACCAGGAUCCUAAGCUUCGACUAGUCACCACAGACGGGGACUCCAUCACACUCGACGAAUACAUAGAUAAGUCUAAUCCGAACUAUCUACGAGAAGUGAAACCCGUUAUCGAAAUGAGAGGGAGGAUGACAAAACUAUCGUUCGAACUCAUCAAAUGGGGUUCAGAGCAGCCCAUCUAUCGCAACAGAAUUGUCAAUGAGCCCCAAGUUGAAGAUGGGCCUUGGGCUAUCCUACCACUAACCGAAGAAAUCACGCGCUACUCGUUCCUACAUCUCGACAACGAGGCACUAGCGGGGCUGUAUCGAUUCCAGCUACCAGUCAUGGUCUUGCAGCUUGGAACCACAUUGGAAAACAAGUACACCAUAAUUCUCGUUUUGAGGGAAACAGGUGAUGCGUUCGAACGUGUUGGGCUGAUAGUAAUUCGAGAUGCAUUUGAGUCUGAUGUUAAAAAGUGGAAUACAGAUCCAAAGCCAACUGUGUAUAAAGACAGGUCUGGGAAAUGGAUAACUAGAGCACCGAUACCAGAGCCAAAGGACCCUAUCUGGCUACAGACAACUAAGGAGGUGACGAUUAGGCUGCAGUAG